AUGGAAGGCGCGGCGCAAACAUUUCUGAGCAACGCCGGGCAGCUGCUGAGUUCAGAGUACCAGCAGCUCAGUGGCGUCGGCGGCCAAGUUGUUGAGCUGCGGGACGAGCUAGACGCCAUCAAUGCUCUCCUCAUCAUGCAGUCCGAGGCAGAGGAUGGGGCCGUGGACCGCUUCCUGCAGGUGUGCAUGAGGCAGCUGGGCGAGGUUGCCUACGACGCGGAGGACUGCCUCGACCUUUACACCCUGCGCAUCAGGUCCCGGCCCACUGACGGCGUGUGCGCCUGGCUGGGACGCCUGCUCGGGACGCUCCCGUCUCGCCGCCGCCUCGCCUGUGAGAUCAGAGCCCUUCGCGCCCGCACCCUCGCCAUCAGCGAGUGCCAGGCGCGGUUCGGCGUCAACCGUGACGCGCUGCGCCGCUCCCCUCCUCUGCUACCCGCCCCCAUGACAGUGUCCGCUCCAGCUAACGACGCCGACCGCCGCCACCGACUGGUCGGCAUCGCGGAGCAGGCUGAUAAACUGGCUGCACGGCUGAAGGCGCCGGUUGGCGACGAGGGUGAACGCAAGGCCGUUUUCUCCAUCGUGGGGUUCGGCGGCCUUGGCAAGACGACGCUGGCCAUGGAGGUGUGCCGGCGGCUAGAAGCGGAGUUCCCGUGGCAGGGGAUGGUGUCCGUGUCUCAGGCGUUCGAGCUGAGCAGGGACCUCAAGGUGUUGCUCACGAACCUUCUUCGGCAGGUCGCGAAGCCCGAAACAGCUGACGACAGGGGCAUCAAGGAAGAGGCUGCCCUGGGUGCAAUCGACGACCUGGAUGGCAACGGGCUAGCCAAAAGACUCGAGGAGCUUCUCGUGGACAAAAGGUACCUCAUAGUGAUUGACGAUGUUUGGAGUGUGCGAGCAUGGGAGGCAAUCCAAUCCAAGCUACCAGAGAACAACAAGGGUAGUAGAAUCAUCUUGACCACUCGGAUAGAAACAGUGGCCAAUGCAUGCAGUCCUGCUAGUUUUAGUGGCCUUUGCAUUCAUAAAAUGGAACCCCUUAAGCUUGAAGAUUCCAAGAAGUUGUUUGUCAGUAGAGUGUUUGGCUCCAUGGAUGUCGCUUACCCCAAGGAGUUUGAAGAUGUAAUGAGUGACAUCUUGAAAAAAUGCGGUGGGCUACCAUUGGCCAUUAUCAGCAUUGCUAGUGUUUUGGUAGGGUACAAAUCACCAGGAGGCAAAGAUAAGUGGGAUAGAGUAUGCAAAUCACUUGGUUCUCAAAUGGAGAUCCACCCUACCCUUGAGGGGAUGAAGCAUAUAGUCACACUUAGCUACAAUCACCUCCCACAUGAGCUCAAGGGUUGCAUGAUGUACUUUAGCAUUUUUCCAGAGGACUAUGUGAUCAGAAAGGGGCGACUAUUGAACAGAUGGAUGGCUGAAGGAUUGGUUCACCAAAAGCGGGGGUUGACCAUGUGGGAGGUUGCAGAGUCUUACUUGGACGAACUCUUGAGUAGGAACAUGAUUGAAGAAGCAGGCCAUUUGGGUGGUUAUGCCUGGAUGGAGCAAACAUACAGGGUGCAUGACAUGCUUCUUGAGGUCAUGGUGUCCAAGUCCUUGGAAGCUAACUUUCUUAGCCUGCAUGGAGGGCAGUAUAAGGGGAUGUUGUAUGACAAGAUCCGUCGCCUCUCCAUCCAUGCGGACGUAGAAAGUGUAGAUUCUGUAGCAAAGAGAAAUGUUGAAGGCCGCCGAGGUGAGGAUAAUUUGAACAUACAACAUGUUCGAUCACUGAGCAUGUUCCAGCUCCAUGGGCAACACAAGCUCCUAAAAACGCUAGGCAACUUCGUCCUCUUGAGGGUGCUUGACCUAGAAGACUGUGAGGGAGUAACAAACAAGCAUGUAAGGUACGCCUGCAAUCUGUGCCUACUUAGGUUCCUAAGCUUGAGGGCCACAAACAUAAGCAAGGUGCCUAGGCAGAUCGGGAAUCUAGAGCAUUUACAGACGCUUGAUCUGGCUUACACGCUUCUUACUAAGCUACCAGAAACAAUCACAAAGCUAGAGAAACUCGAGGACAUACGGUUCUGCAACAAGGAUCUUUGGGGUACUAUGUGGACUAUGCCCCGAGGAAUAAACAAAAUGAAGGCUCUACAUGUGCUGCGUAGGGUAUCUCUUGGGAAUGACUCUAAAGUUGCCCAAGAGGUAGGUGAACUUGAGGAACUAGAAGAGUUAGACUUAUCCAUCGACAUCAACAAGGCCAUUGAUGAGGAGGUUCUCAAAGAACUUGCUCUGUCCAUAAGUAAGAUGCACUCCCUGCGGUGGCUCAGUAUCGGACGAUAUGUACGUAGUAAUGAUGGUGGCAAGAUACUAAACUUUCUCCAUCACCUACCAACACCACCACGACUCCUCCAAAACCUUUGGAUCAGAGGUGACAUUGCCAAUGGGUUGCCUAGCUGGAUCGGGUCACUCGCACAUCUUGUUAGUUUUACUACUAUGAUUACAACCGUUACUGAUGUUGAGCUCUUUGGUGUCCUGUGUAUGCUGCCCAACCUGAAGACAUUGUACGUGACUUGGAACUGCUACAGCGGGGAUGAGCUGGUUGCAUGCACCAUCCACAAAUUUCCGGUGCUCAGGGACCUGAUACUUGGAGGUUAUCUACCCAAAGUUAUUCGGUUUGAGGAAGAAUCGAUGGCAAUGCUUGAGAUGCUUAAACUUUGCUUUGACUAUAGGUCCAGACACGUGGCGGAGAGGAGCAUCGUUGGCAUUGAACACUUGACCAACCUGAAAAAUGUUAUGCUCGACUGUCGAGGUGACUAUCAUGCACUAGUCGACACAAUAUAUAGGCUUGAUCAGAUGAAGGCUGAGAAUGAUAGGCGCUCGAGGUCCAACCAAUUCCAAAUUGCAGUUAAAUAUUCAUGA